GACCCCACUCAAGGUCAUGUGACUGAAGACCCCUAUGAAGGCCAUGAGAAGUGCACAUGAUAUAACAUCGGUAACACAAACAACUACAAAUGAAACAUCAUCUCCGUUUUCACCUUCUCCAGAGACAACACCCACGCCUACAAGUAUGACACCAACAACACCCAUGCCUACAAAUGAAACAUCAUCAUCUUCACCUUCUCCAGAGACAACACCCAUACCUACAAGUAUGACACCAACAACAACACCCGCACCUACAAAUGAAACAUCAUCAUCUUCACCGUCUACAGAGACAACAUUCGCGCCUACAAGUACGACACCAACAACAACACCUGUGCCUACAAAUGAAACAUCAUCUCCAUCUUCACCUUCUCCAGAGACAACACCCGCGCCUACAAGUACGACACCAACAACACCCAUGCCUAUAAAUGAAACAUCAUCUCCAUCUUCAACUUCUACAGAGACAACACCUGCGCCUACAAGCACGACACCAACAACACCCACGCCUAUAAAUGAAACAUUAUCUCCAGCUUCACCUUCUACAGAGACAACACCCGCGCCUACAAGUACGACACCAACAACAACACCCACGCCUACAAAUACUACACCAACAACAACACCCGCGCCAACAAAUACUACACCAACAACACCCGUGCCUACGACGCCAACAUCAACAACACCCGCUCCUACAAAUGAAACAUCAUCUCCAUCUUCACCUUCUCCAGAUAUAACACCCGCGCCUACAAGUACGACACCAAUAACAACACCCGCGCCUACAAAUACGACACCAAUAACAACACCCGCGCCUACAAAUACGACACCAACAACACCUGCGCCUACAAAUACGACAACAACACCCGCGCCUACAAAUACGACGACAACAACACCUGUGCCUACAAAUACGACGACAACAACACCCGUGCCUACAAAUACGACGACAACAACACCCGUGCCUACAAAUACGACGACAACAACACCCGUGCCUACAAAUGAAACAUCAUCUUCACCUUCUCCAGAGACAACACCCAUGCCUACAAGUAUGACACCAACAACAACACCCGCGCCUACAAAUGAAACAUCAUCAUCUUCACCAUCUACAGAGACAACAUUCGCGCCUACAAGUACGACACCAACAACAACACCUGUGCCUACAAAUGAAACAUCAUCUCCAUCUUCACCUUCUCCAGAGACAACACCCGCGCCUACAAGUACGACACCAACAACAACACCCAUGCCUAUAAAUGAAACAUCAUCUCCAUCUUCAACUUCUACAGAGACAACACCUGCGCCUACAAGCACGACACCAACAACACCCACGCCUAUAAAUGAAACAUCAUCUCCAUCUUCAACUUCUACAGAGACAACACCCGCGCCUACAAGUACGACACCAACGACACCCGCGCCUAUAAGUACGACACCAACAACACCCACGCCUACAAGUACGAUACCAACAACAACACCCGUGCCUACAAAUACUACACCAACAACACCCGUGCCUACGACGCCAACAUCAACAACACCCGCUCCUACAAAUGAAACAUCUCCAUCUUCACCUUCUCCAGAUAUAACAUCCGCGCCUACAAGUACGACACCAACAACAACAUCCGCGCCUACAAGUACGAUACCAACAACAACACCCGCGCCUACAAAUACUACACCAACAACAACACCCGCGCCUACAAGUACGACACCAACAACACCCGUGCCUACGACACCAACAUCAACAACACCCGCUCCUACAAAUGAAACAUCUCCAUCUUCACCUUCUCCAGAUAUAACACCCGCGCCUACAAGUACGACACCAAUAACAACACCCGCGCCUACAAGUACGACACCAAUAACAACACCCGCGCCUACAAGUACGACACCAAUAACAACACCCGCGCCUACAAAUACGACACCAACAACACCCGCGCCUACAAAUACGACACCAACAACACCCGUGCCUACAAAUACGACGACAACAACACCCGUGCCUACAAGUACGACGACGACAACAACACCCGUGCCUACAAGUACGACGACGACAACAACACCCGUGCCUACAAGUACG